AUGGAGGAGCGCUUCCUGCGGACGCGGGCGGAGAGGGAAGAGGCGCGGCAACAGAAGGCGGCCGUUCCCUCCCCCGUCGCCGUGGACAAGCUGGAGUUCGAGCGGCAGGCGAAGGACUUUGAGCGGGAGGUCGCGCAGCUGCUCGGCGACGGCGACGCCCGUGCCGCCCAGGAGCGCGUGAAUCGCUUUAAGCGGCUUGUGCAGGAGGCCACCAGCAACGCCGCGCUGACGUCGCACGAGAUGGCGCGGUCCAACGCGACCCUCGCCCGGCUGCAGGGGCUGAUCGACGCCAAGCGGGACACGGCUGGUCGGGCAAAGGCGUUUAAGUUCUCCGCGCAGCCCAAGUCGGGGGGCGCGGAGGCGGUGGUGGGGGAGCGGCAGGCGGCCUCCUCCGCCUCCGCCUCUUCGCUGCGGCGGGGCCACGAGGAGCAGAGCCGCGCCGGCAACGUGUACGGCUACGCCCAGGGGCGGACGCUCUGCGUCGGCCCGGCGAAGGCCGUCUUCCUGCGCGAGUGUGAGGGGUGCGAGGUGCUGCUUCUGCCCGUCCCCGGUUCCGUGUUUAUCUCCGACUGCGCGCGCUGCAAGGUGUACGUCGCCUGCCACCAGCUCCGGCUAAAGAACUGCACGGACGUCGACGUCUACGUCUGGUGCGCCUCGACGCCGAUCAUCGAGUGCUGCAGCGGGAUGCGGUUCGGCCCCUACAGCUGCUGGACGGGGCUGCUGCAGUCGCGCGUGGAGGGGCACGCGUACGCGACGCACGAGGAGUGGGUGGGGGGCCUCGGGGAGCAGCGGGUGGAGGAGCGCACGAAGAACGCGUAUCAAACCGUCGACGACUUUCAGUGGCUUAAGAAGACGCCCAGCCCGCACUGGAGCGUUCUGCCGCCGGAGACGUGGGAGACGAGUUCGCGGCGGUUUGUGCAGGGGGAGCCGCCGGCAAAGUAG